AUGUCGACCCCUUCAGAAUCCCUCUCCCUUCAAGUAACGAUCCACCUCAAUCCCGAGGACCUGCCAAAAUUCUGGACCGCAAUGAAACCCGCCUACGAGGCCGUCACCGCCGAACCCGAAUGUACUUUUUUCGAAUUAUACCAGGAGCCAGACUCCCCCGGCACAAUCUCGUACUCUGGCGGAACUUUCAUGACUAAAUGUGAAUUUAUUAGGUCCGCGUCAAAAGAAUGGCUUAUCGGGGUACAAUUGAAAAAGCCAUAUUACCAUGAUUAUUUGGCUGUGACGGAGCCGUUGUUUGUGAAGCCCAGAGAGGUCAAGUUGUUGAAGAGGGUUGGGGAGCCGUUCGUAAUGGUGAAGAAGGCGAAUGGAGGGUUGUUAGAGUAA